CAGCUCUCUGGACCUCUCCUCCCGUUCUCCCGGGACUGACGGGCUUCUAAGGAGCGUUUAAGUCCCCGUGGCCACUUCAAGCGUCAAACGUCGCCAAGCACAGCGCAGCUCUCGGCCGGAGGUGGAAGGUCAGGGGAGGGGCCGAGCUUUCUUCUGUCCCUGAAGGAGAUCUGGGCUGCGCUGGGCUCCCGAAGCCCUUGUUCUUUCUCCGGCCGCCGCCCAGCCCGUUGCUCCAGGGACUGGUGCAAAGUGCCGUGUCAUUGGGAAAGCUGGUGGCCGGGGCAUUGAAUUCCAUGAAGCUGGAGUAGGACUGCGGGGGUGGGAAAUGAACAGGAGCCCCUGUUCUCGCAAUACACUCUGACUAGCCCACUCUGACUAGCCGGGUGAGGAAGUCGGAGGCGGGGUCCUAGCCUAGCCCACUUGGGCCGGCUGGACUAGCCUGUUCCUCUUCAGGACAACACCUGGGAGCCGGCAGCCAGCCGUCCAAGUCGGUCUUGCUCCUGAGGGGACCCUCCGCCUGUGCCUUGGCUCUGGCCCCUCCGGUUUCAUGAUGCUGCGAGUCUUCAUCCUCUUCGCGGAGAACGUCCACACCCCGGACUCCGACAUCAGCGACGCCUACUGCUCCGCUGUGUUUGCAGGGGUAAAGAAGAGAACCAAAGUCAUCAAGAACAGUGUGAACCCUGUGUGGAACGAGGGCUUUGAGUGGGACCUCAAAGGUAUUCCUCUAGACCAGAGCUCAGAACUUCACGUGGUGGUCAAGGACCAUGAGACGAUGGGGAGAAACAGGUUCCUAGGGGAAGCCAAGAUCCCACUCCAGGAGGUCCUCGCCACCCCCAGCCUGUCUGCCAGCUUCAACGCACCUCUGCUGGACACCAAGCAACAACCCACUGGGGCCUCUCUGGUCCUGCAGGUGUCCUACACGCCACCCCCAGGAGCUGUGCCCUUGUUCCCACCACCCGCUUCUCUGGCACCCUCUCCGACGCUGCCUGACAUGGACCUGGUGCCUGGUGGGGGACAGAGCCGGGCUGAAACUUGGUCCCUGCUCAGUGACAGCACCAUGGACACACGAUACUCUGGGAAGAAGUGGCCAGUCCCCACGGACACAGGAGGGGAGGAAGACACUGAGGACCAGGGGCUGACUGGAGAUGAAGCUGAGCCAUUCCUGGAUCAGGGUGGUGCUGCGGGCCCAGGGGGACCAACCACACCCAAGAAGCUACCUUCCCACCCUCCUCCCCACCAGCCAGCGGGAAAAAGAAGAAGAAGCUCAGCCCCACCCAGAAAGCUGCUGUCGGACAAGCCACAGGACUUCCAGAUCAGAGUCCAAGUGAUAGAGGGGCGUCAGCUGCCUGGGGUGAACAUCAAGCCUGUGGUUAAGGUCACAGCUGCUGGGCAGACCAAGCGGAGUCGCAUCCAGAAGGGCAACAGCCCCCUCUUCAAUGAGACUCUUUUUUUCAACGUAUUUGACUCUCCCUCGGAGCUGUUUGAUGAGCCCAUCUUCAUCACGGUGGUGGAUUCACGCUCCCUUAGGACGGAUGCCCUCCUUGGCGAGUUCCGGAUGGAUGUGGGCACCGUGUACAGAGAACCCCGACACGCUUAUCUCCGCAAGUGGCUUCUGCUCUCCGACCCCGAUGACUUCUCUGCAGGGGCCAGAGGCUACCUCAAAGUCAGCCUGUGUGUGCUGGGGCCUGGGGAUGAAGCUCCUCUGGACAGGAAAGAUCCUUCUGAAGACAAGGAGGACAUUGAAGGCAACUUGCUUAGGCCCACCGGCGUGGCCCUUCGUGGAGCCCACUUCUGCCUGAAGCUCUUCCGGGCUGAGGACUUACCGCAGAUGGAUGAUGCUGUGAUGGACAACGUCAAGCAGAUCUUCGGCUUUGACAGCAACAAGAAGAACUUGGUGGACCCUUUUGUGGAAGUCAGCUUUGCUGGGAAAAUGCUCUGCAGCAAGAUCCUGGAGAAGACGGCCAACCCUCAGUGGAACCAGAACAUCACAUUGCCCGCGAUGUUUCCCUCUAUGUGUGAAAAAAUGAGGAUUCGUGUCAUGGACUGGGACCGCCUCACUCACAAUGACACUGUGGCCACCACCUACUUGGGAAUGUCGAAAAUCUCUGCCCCAGGAGGAGAAAUAGAAGAGGAGCCGGCAGGUGUACUCAAGCCUCCGAAAGCCACUGACCUGGAUGACAACUUGGGCUUCCUCCCCACCUUUGGCCCCUGCUAUGUGAACCUCUACGGCAGUCCCCGGGAGUUCACGGGUUUCCCAGACCCUUAUGCAGAGCUCAACACAGGAAAGGGAGAAGGUGUGGCUUACCGAGGCAGGCUUCUGCUGUCUCUAGAGACCAGACUGGUGGAGCACAGUGAGCAGAAGGUGGAAGACCUUCCUGCUGAUGAUAUCCUGCGUGUGGAGAAGUACCUCCGGAGGCGCAAAUAUUCCCUCUUUGCUGCCUUCUACUCAGCCACAAUGCUGCAGGAUGUGGAUGACGCCAUCCAGUUCGAGGUCAGCAUUGGGAACUACGGAAACAAGUUCGACACCACUUGCCUGCCACUGGCCUCCACCACCCAGUACAGCCGAGCAGUCUUCGAUGGGUGCCACUACUAUUACUUGCCUUGGGGCAACGUGAAGCCAGUGGUGGUGCUGUCCUCAUACUGGGAAGACAUCAGCCAUCGAAUUGAGACUCAAAAUCAGCUCCUGCGGAUCGCUGACCGGCUGGAAGCUAGCCUGGAGCAGGUCCACCUGGCUCUGAAGGCACAGUGUUCCUCCGAGGACAUGGACGCCCUGGUGGCUCAACUGACAGAGGAGCUCCUUGCAGACUGCAGCCAGCCCCUGUGUGACAUCCGUGAAAUACCUUCUGUUACCCACCUUGAUCAAUAUCUGUUCCGGCAACGUACCCGUCACCUGAGCCAGAUCAAAGAAGCUGCCCUGGCCUUGAAGCUUGGCCACAGUGAACUCUCCACUGCCCUGGAGCAGGCCGAGGACUGGCUUCUUCGUCUCCGUGCCCUGGCUGAGGAGCCCCAGAACAGCCUGCCAGACAUCAUCAUCUGGAUGCUGCAGGGUGAUAAGCGCGUGGCCUACCAACGGGUACCCACCCAUGAAGUCCUCUUCUCCCGGCGGGGGCCCAGCUACUGUGGCAGGAAUUGUGGAAAGCUGCAGACCAUCUUUCUGAAAUAUCCCAUGGAGGGCGCGCCUGGGGCCCGAAUGCCUGUGCAGAUCCGAGUCAAGCUCUGGUUUGGGCUCUCUGUGGAUGAGAAAGAAUUCAAUCAGUUUGCCGAGGGGAAACUCUCUGUCUUUGCUGAAACGUAUGAGAACCAGACAAAGCUGGCGCUGGUCGGGAACUGGGGCACCACAGGCCUCACCUACCCCAAGUUUUCUGACGUCACAGGCAAGAUCAAACUACCAAAGGACAGCUUCCGCCCCUCAGCUGGCUGGGCCUGGGCAGGAGACUGGUUCGUGUGUCCAGAGAAGACCCUGCUCCAUGAUGCUGACGCUGGUCAUCUGAGCUUUGUGGAGGAGGUUUUUGAGAACCAGACCCGGCUCCCCGGAGGCCAGUGGAUCUAUAUGAGUGAUAAUUACACCGAUGUGAACGGGGAGAAGGUGCUUCCAAAGGAUGAUAUUGAAUGCCCACUGGGCUGGAAGUGGGAAGAUGAAGAAUGGUCCGUAGACCUCAAUCGGGCUGUCGAUGAGCAAGGCUGGGAGUACAGUAUCACCAUCCCCCCGGACCGAAAGCCAAAACACUGGGUCCCUGCUGAGAAGAUGUAUUACACUCACAGACGUCGGCGCUGGGUCCGACUGCGCAGGAGGGACCUCAGCCAGAUGGAGGCACUGAAGAGGCACAGGCAGGCAGAGGCUGAGGGCGAGGGCUGGGAGUACGCCUCUCUCUUUGGCUGGAAAUUCCACCUGGAGUACCGCAAGACAGAUGCCUUCCGCCGCCGGCGCUGGCGCCGCCGCAUGGAGCCACUGGAGAAGACCGGGCCGGCAGCUGUGUUUGCCCUCGAGGGGGCCCUGGGUGGCAUGGUGGAUGACAGUAGUGGAGAUUCCAUGUCCGUCUCUACCCUGAGCUUCGGCGUUAACAGACCCACGAUCUCCUGCAUCUUUGACUAUGGGAACCGCUACCAUCUGCGUUGCUACCUGUACCAGGCCCGAGACCUGCCAGCCAUGGACAAAGACUCCUUCUCAGACCCCUAUGCCAUCGUCUCCUUCCUGCAUCAGAGCCAGAAGACGGUGGUGGAGAAAAACACCCUGAACCCUACCUGGGAUCAAACCCUCAUCUUCUACGAGAUCGAAAUCUUCGGUGAUCCAGCCAGUGUCGCCGAGCAGCCACCCAGCAUUGUGGUGGAGCUGUAUGACCAUGACACCUAUGGUGCUGAUGAGUUCAUGGGUCGCUGUAUCUGUCAGCCCAGCCUGGAACGGAUGCCCCGAUUGGCCUGGUUCCCAUUGACCAGAGGCAGCCAGCCUGCGGGCGAGCUGCUGGCAGCAUUCGAGCUGAUCCAGAGAGAGAAGCCAGCAAUCCACCAUAUUCCUGGCUUUGAGAUGCACGAAACUUCAAGGAUACUGGAUGAGCUGUGUGCCCCUGCUUUCUUCCUGCAGGGCCUCUUCCAGACGACGGAGGACACAGACUUGCCUUACCCACCACCCCAGAGGGAGGCCAACAUCUACAUGGUGCCCCAGAACAUCAAGCCAGCUCUCCAGCGCACAGCCAUUGAGAUCCUGGCCUGGGGCCUGAGGAACAUGAAGAGCUAUCAGAUGGCCAGCAUCUCUUCCCCUAGCCUCGUGGUGGAGUGUGGUGGCCAGACAGUGCAGUCCUGUGUCAUCAGAAACCUUCGGAAGAACCCUAACUUUGAUGUCUGCACCCUGUUCAUGGAAGUGAUGUUGCCCCGAGAGGACCUCUACUGUCCCCCAAUUGUGGUCAAGGUCAUUGAUAACCGUCAGUUUGGCCGCCGGCCAGUAGUGGGCCAGUGCACCAUUCGCUCCCUGGAGAAAUUCCUGUGUGACCCGUACUCAGCAGAAAGUCCUUCCCCACAGGGCGGCCCAGAUGACGUGAGCCUUCUCAGCCCUGGGGAGGAUGUGCUCAUCGACAUUGAUGACAAGGAGCCUCUCAUCCCUGUCCAGCUCGCAGAUGGGCUGUCAAGCGUGGUCCCCACUAACCUGAGGUCUUCUCCGUCCAGUCCUCAUGAGGAAGAGUUCAUUGACUGGUGGAGCAAGUUCUUUGCCUCUGUUGGGGAGAGGGAAAAGUGUGGUUCCUACCUGGAGAAGGAUUUUGACACCCUGAAGGUCUAUGACACACAGUUGGAGAACGUGGAGGCUUUUGAAGGCCUGUCGGACUUUUGUAACACCUUCAAGCUUUACCGGGGCAAGACUCAGGAGGAGGCAGAAGACCCGUCUGUCAUCGGGGAAUUUAAGGGUCUCUUCAAAAUUUAUCCUCUCCCAGAAGAUCCAGCCAUCCCCAUACCCCCGAGACAAUUCCACCAGCUGGCUGCCCAGGGCCCCCAGGAAUGCUUGGUCCGUAUUUACAUCGUACGAGCAUUUGGCUUACAACCCAAGGACCCCAAUGGCAAGUGCGACCCUUACAUCAAGAUCUCCAUAGGGAAGAAAUCAGUGAGUGACCAGGAUAACUACAUCCCUUGCACCCUGGAGCCCGUAUUUGGAAAGAUGUUCGAGCUCACCUGCACCCUGCCUCUGGAGAAGGACCUGAAGAUCACACUCUAUGACUAUGACCUCCUCUCCAAGGACGAGAAGAUUGGGGAGACAGUCAUCGACCUGGAGAACAGGCUGCUGUCCAAGUUUGGAGCUCGCUGUGGGCUCCCACAGACCUACUGUGUCUCUGGACCAAACCAGUGGAGAGACCAGCUCCGGCCCUCGCAGCUCCUCCAGCUCUUCUGCCAGCAGCACAGGGUCAAGGCCCCCGUGUACCGGACAGACCGAGUGACAUUUCAGGAUAAGGAAUACACCAUUGAGGAGAUAGAGGCUGGUAGACUCCCGAACCCCCACCUAGGCCCAGUGGAGGAACGCUUAGCCCUGCAUGUCCUUCAGCAGCAAGGCCUGGUCCCUGAGCACGUGGAGUCACGGCCUCUUUACAGCCCUCUGCAGCCAGAUAUUGAGCAGGGGAAGUUACAGAUGUGGAUUGACCUAUUUCCAAAGGUGCUGGGCCGGCCUGGACCCCCUUUCAACAUCACCCCACGGAGAGCUAGAAGGUUUUUCCUGCGUUGUAUUAUUUGGAACACAAAAGAUGUGAUCUUGGAUGACCUCAGCCUCACGGGGGAGAAGAUGAGUGACAUCUAUGUGAAAGGCUGGAUGGUGGGAUUUGAAGAACACAAACAGAAGACAGAUGUGCACUACCGCUCCCUUGGUGGCGAGGGAAAUUUCAACUGGAGGUUUGUGUUCCCGUUCGAUUAUCUGCCCGCCGAGCAAGUCUGUGCUGUUGCCAAGAAGGAUGCCUUCUGGAGACUCGACAAGACAGAGAGCAAGAUCCCAGCACGCGUGGUCUUCCAGAUUUGGGACAAUGACAAGUUCUCUUUUGAUGACUUUCUGGGCUCCCUGCAACUGGAUCUCAACCGCAUGCCCAAGCCAGCCAAGACGGCUGAGAAGUGCUCCUUGGACCAGCUGGAUGACACCUUCCACCCUGAAUGGUUCGUGUCCCUUUUUGAGCAGAAGACAGUGAAAGGAUGGUGGCCUUGCGUGACAGAGGAGGGUGAGAAGAAGAUGCUGGCGGGCAAGCUGGAAAUGACCUUGGAGAUCGUUGCAGAGAGUGAACAUGAGGAACGGCCCGCUGGCCAGGGUCGGGAUGAACCCAACAUGAAUCCGAAGCUAGAGGAUCCAAGGCGCCCUGACACCUCUUUCCUGUGGUUCACCUCUCCGUACAAGACCAUGAAGUUCAUCUUGUGGCGACGCUUCCGGUGUGCCAUCAUCCUCUUCAUCAUCCUUUUUAUCCUCCUGCUCUUCCUGGGCAUCUUCGUCUAUGCCUUCCCGGUGAGCAGGCCUGAUGUGGGAGAUGCUGCCUUGGGGGAGUCCCUUGUUUUCCAUGUGUUCCCAGAGUCUGGUGACAACCAGUGACCUGCUCCAAUGAGGAGGUAGAACCCCAGGUCUCGGUGUCCCCUAACUGGUAGGAGGGAGACAAAGCCUUGUCCCUGGGGAAUCCUUACUCAUUGAGCAAGUGCCUAAGAAUGGCUAUCAAGGGACAGGCAGACGGGGAGGGGUUGUGUGACUUCCUGGAGGGAUGUGAAUAAGUGGCUAGCCUGGUGAGCCAGUGAGUUGAUUGCAGUUACUCCAGCGUGUGAGACUCAGAGGCAGUUGCACCACUGAAAAGCCCACCCCAGUAUGGCUGAGAACACUCAGAAUCUGCAUUCCUGGAGCUACCUGCAUGCAUGACUUGCACAGGAAGCUCCACUAGCUGGAGAGUCUCUUCUUCCUAGCACUGUGUAAUACUGGAAUAGCCGUGGGGGAGGGACUUGUGAAUCUUGUAAGUUUCAGGAGCAUCCUGGGACUUGUAAGUUUUGUUUGCUUCCUGAGCUUUAACAAGAUCAUUUUGGGGGAAAUUCACACAACAGGAGGCUUGGACCUAGGGUGGCAGGGGAGCCUGUUGAAGGGUGGGGUGGAGCUGGGUGGGGAAGGGAAGGUAUGAGGUGGCAGAACAGAGGACAGCACUUGCUAGGUCCUCUGAGGACCUUGAUAGAGUGGGGGCUUGGAAACAGUAGGAACAAGGAGGGACUGCAUCUGGAGUCCCUCACUGGCAGGGUGCACACUUGGGGUCCCUUUCAUCUGGUAGGAACCAACUGGCAUCUGACCAAGAGAUACCAGGGCCACCACGGCCAUACCAUCCAGGGCUGCUUGGUCCUUAGCUCCCUGGCUCUGCCUGUGGUGGUGUGGGGCAAGCCUCUGUCCUCUGCCUCCUGGCUCCUGUUGCAAUGAAUACUUGCUGGACUGAGCAGGACUGGCCAAACUGACUGAGGUCCUGGGUAGGUCCAGGCUGUGAGGGUCGAAGUUCGUGCCAUUUAAGGGGACACUUUAAGGAAAGUCAGACAACAAAUACAGUGUCUGAGUCAGGUCUCCUCUGGGUGGGUUGAGCUGCCACCAAAGGUGACCUGGGAUCGGUGUCUGGCAGUUGGGCCAGCUAGGGCUGGGGAAGUGAGGUAGAGGUCUAGCCCCCUCUUCUGGCCUGACUCAAGUCACAUUCUCUCACUUGGUAUGGUCAGCUUCUACUCAGAGAAUGGGGUGGCUUGAGGAAGUAGGUGUGUGUGUCCAGGAGGGGAGGGCCUGGGGGCCACAAGGGAGAAGCUGUGAGGCAGAUGCCCGAGGUAGUAGUCAGGACACUGAUGAUUACGUUCGAGAGUUAGAAGGCAGAGCUGGUGUCUACUCUGCUUCUCCAGCUAUGGUCCAGGGAGCAUCCGCUUCGGUGUUGCUGGGAAACUCUGGGAUGCAGAGUUCUGGGCUGGCUCAGCAGGACGCUGCCCUCUGGCACAGGAAGGAAGGAGUAACCCUCUGUUGUAGGAGAUGGAGCAUUGUUCUUGAACUUAGGAACAUGGGUUCCACCGACUUCCCACCAGCCUCUGUGUGUGUGACCUUGUAUGUGGAAGGGGCUGGACUGUGUGAGCCCCAAGUUUCUGAUGGGCACAGGUCGGGUUUGUUUGUCUUUUCGAGCUGCUGCGUGUUAAGCUGAGUCCCUUACUUAAGGGCCUGGAGAGCAAGUGCCUGCCCCAAGUGCCAUCACCAUGGUUAUUUUUGUGCCUACCCUGCCCAGCUGGGCCCAGCCCUGUGAGGCCCAUGAGUGGCUGGCCUAGGUCUCAGAGCUGUGGCUGGAAGAAAGGCCAGUGCCAUCUAGCCUGGAGGUCUUCAUGCUCCUGGCUCUUGAAGACAGCUGAGGAACAUUUUUGGGGACUCUGAGUGGAGAGUCUCCUCUGGUGCCUGGACUCCAGUAGCUAAGUUACACUCCUUUCAUUUCCCCGAGCGUCUUCUUUAUGUACUGACCUCCUGGAGCAGCAUGUGGAACACAGGUGGAUUCAGGCCAGGGCUUCAGGCUUCGGGGGCCAGCAGGAUCAGGAUAUAUACCUUCUGUGUGCAGGCCUGGCUACAGCCCACAGUCCCAUCUCUGUCUAUCCAAGUCCCCAGUCACCUGGCCUCUUUCAUGAAGGCUGGGUCUGUCAGCUCACCUGCUUUCAGCCAGGUAGGGCAGAGGGCCUAUUCUAGCCAGUGCAGGGCACCCUCUUGUGAGACCACCCCCACAGUCUUGGAGAGUCCCCUAGGAGGGGUGAGGGGGGGACUUCUGACUCCUCUGGCCCCUUUGAGCCUGCUGGGAGCGGGGCCAGAUUGGGGCGGCAGAAGCGAUUUGGCGGGGAAGGAGGGCCGGCUUUGUUUCCAGGGUUGGCUUUCCAGGCCGGCGCUGGAGAACAUACUGUCCCAAUUAAGAACCCUGUGUUGUGUUGUGUGUUUUCAUGGCGUCUGGGAGGAGCGGUGGGGAGGAGAGGCCCCUGUCAGGCCUGCAGCAGGAAGGGCUUUGUGGAGGGUGACCCAUCUCUGAUGCUGGCCCCUGUUAUGGGUUGUCCUAGGUACCCACAGCCCACUCUGUGCCUUGCUGGAUAGUGGCUUGGUGAUGAGUCAGCCCUGGGCCUCCCCUUUGCGUGUAUGAGAGUAGGGGGCUAGGAAUCGUGGAAAUGGCCGGAGUCAGCUUUGCUGGAUGGAUGAGAGUGCCGUAAGGGCAGAGUGUGGGGCCUGUCGUGGGCUGGUAGGUAGCAAGGCAGGCUGCAGGCGAGUAGUGAAGACCCAGGAGCCCAAAUGCCCACCUGCGGCUGUCCUCAGCCCCAGUGAGAACAGCUCCCACCGAGCUUUCCCUGAAGGGCUGACCACGUGUCUGUAUCCUUGUCUCCCUCCUAGAACUAUGCUGCCAUGAAGCUGGUGAAGCCCUUUAGCUGAAGAUGUCUACUCUGGAGAAGGGGGCACAGGCUGCUUCCUGGCCCAGGACUGGCUGCUCCUGCGUUCCUCCGGGGCCUGGUGGUCUUGCACACGCUCCCUGAGUUCUUGGGAUUACGCUAUUUUCAUCAUCCUUUUCUCCCCCAACCCAACUUUCUUUUGAAUGAACUCUUGGCUCUCUCAGGAUAAAGCAGACAGAUCCCCA